CGUCAGUGUGGAAUCGCGGUGGCGGUGGUGGAAGGGAGGCCUUUUCGGUGUAGCGCACCGUGCUCUCAGGCUCGGAGGCUGAGAGUUGUCGUGGGAUCCGGGGCUUGGGGAGCCACGGCGCAGGUCGGUCGGGGCUUUUUCUUGGCGCCUUGGCCCAGGAAGCCGCCUAGACCGCCGGCUCUCAGCUCCUCACCGAACGCCCCAGCCCCAAGCGGUCCCGCGCCCCCGCCUCAGUUGCUGGCGGUCUGCUCGUCCCCGGGGGUAGCGGUUGCUUGCUUGUCCCCCGGCCGCAGUGAGGAGCCACGAGGCAGUUACUUAGUGUGCCUCCCCUUUGAAGUCCUACCCAGAUGCCUCCCACCCAGCGGACCCGCGCUCCUGAGCGGCCGCUCGGCCUUCCUUUCUCCCUUGGCUUGUGCUGUCGUCCUGGGCGUCCUCAGUUUGAACUUUAUGCCAUACUUUUGGGACCUAUGCGUCUGGUUGCUUUACGGCCCUUUUUAUCCAGACUGUACGUUUUCUAACCGCUGCGUUUUGAUUUUCACUUUAACUUGUUCGGUAUUCCCAUGACCCCUCCUCUCCUGGACCCAAUACAAGUGUCUCUUUUGUGAAACUACUCUGAUCCAUUCAGUGAUCGUUGCUCACUUCCCCGACUUGUGCCUCCACAAAAUCUAGCUCAUAGCUCUUAAAUAAUUGUUGAUCCUCAUUUGUCUUCCCUACUGGACCAAAUUCCUUAAGGGCUCGAGGAUUGUUUUCUUUUACCCAUGCCCUCCCAUUUCCUGGCCUGUAGUACACGUCCAACAGAGGAUUGUUAAGUGAAUGAAUGCACCCACCCUCACUUCACUAAUAGUGGAAGAGGCAUCCCUCCUGACUUAAGUCCCAACCAGUGUUCGCUGUUUGAACCAGUGUUUAAGAUCCCGUUCCCUCAGUUGCUCUGUGCGUGUGUGUAUUCGUUUUUUUCUCUUCCUCAGUCCUUUCUAUUCCCUAGCUUAAAUAUAUUUUAGCUAAAAUGUCCUAAAUUCUCCCUCACUGUCUCUAUUUACUACCCAUUUGCUCACUUCCCAUUCAUUGUUUAAUCCAUUGCAAUCUAGCUCUCGGUCCCACUGUUUCAAUGAAAUUGCUCUUACCAAGGUCAUCAGUUAACCAAAAACCAAACUGAAUGGACUCUUCCUAUUCCUCAUACCACUUCUCUCUGUUGUACUUUAUCCCUUUGACUUCUUUUUCUAGAGAAACUCUUGCCUUCCUCUUAUCUUUCUGGCUACUUCUCGGUCUUCUUUUCAGGUUCUUCUAACUUUGUCUACCAUUUAAGUGUUGAUGUUCUUCAGCCUCCUCUCCUUGCCCCCUUAACUUUUCACAGUACAUAAUCCUCUUGGGUGAACUCAUCCUGGGUGGCUUCAAUUCACAUCUCUAUUGCUGAGCUCCACGCUCAUGUAUUUGCUUAAUUUCUGGUUAAUAUCCUUCGCACAUUCUACAGACAAACUAGACAAAAAUAUCCAAAGACUGCAGUCUUCUCUGCUCUUUGGUGCAUUCUCCUUUAUUCCAUAUCUUGGUGAGUGUCACCCUUGUCCACCUAGAUAGUGAUGUCAGGGAGACCUGAAAAUUGUCUCCAAGCCUUCUUUUCCUCUGAUAUACUGUCACCAUAUCCUUUUGUUUGCUCUCUCUCUCAAAUCUACUUCUUUUUACUUUUUAAAUUAUUUUAUUGAGGUCUUAUUGGCUUGUAACAUUGUGUGAAUUUCAGGUGUACGUUAUUAUUUAUCAAUUUCUGUAUAGACUAUGUCGUCGUCACCACCAAUAGUCUAGUUUUAUCCAUCAUCCACUGCCUUCAUUAAGGCCCUCAUCAUGUCUCUUAUCUCAGGUUCAACACCCUCCAGUGAUCACCCUGCUUGCAUUAGAAUGCAUGAGGUUAGAACCCCCCUCCAAUCCCUCCAUCCUUUACAUCUCUGCCAGGUUAAUCUACCCAAAACAUGACUUUCAUCCUUUCACUUGCCUCAUCAAAAAGUUCAGUAGUUCCCCGUUACCAAAGGAAUAUAGCCCACUUGCUUUUCUGACCUUACCUCAGCUUUUCCCCACGCAAGUUUUCUGUUGCAGCCAAGGGUACCUUCCUUCUGCCUUUUUGCCUGUGCUCAUGCCAUUUUCUCAUGCCUUUUGUGCCCUUCCUCUUGCUAACCAGAUAUCCUAAAUCUUCAACUUUUAAGGCUCAUCUUUUAUUCUGCUUCUUCCCAGAACACUCCAGUCCACAGUGAUAAUAGCCAAAUACACCUUGCAGUUUAUAAAAUGCAUCUGUUUGAGAAGUCAACGCUACCAGCCCCAUUUUAUGCAUGAGAAAAUCGAGGCACAAAAAUUUGAGUGACUUGCCAGAGGCUACAGUGCUGCAAAGAUAGAGAGCCUGGGCCUAGCCUUUAGUUUUCGCUCUCCAGAUCCCCUGGUUUUACCUCAGUGACUGUUCUCUCUCUGACCUCACUGCAUUGUGGUCUUCAUCACUCCUUCAAUCCUUAAUCACAUACUGCCUGUGACCAGAAGAAAGAGGGUGCUUGAGAGCCGGGGGCAAGGUCUAAGAUCAUCCUUUAUUUGACAUCAAAGCUGGCCAGUAACUGCACAAAGGAUGAGCUGAGCCACCUGGAAGCUACGCUUGGGAAGGUGGUCUGUGAAUGAAGCUCUUGUCUACAUGGAGAAAUAGCUGUCUGCAAAGGGAGUGGAGCUUGCUCGCUCUAUGCGCUGCUUCACGCCUGAGGAUGUCAGUGGAAAAGUCUCCGUCCUGGGCAUGGGCACGGGCACGGGCACGGAUAUGGGCGUGAGCUUUAUGGGGCUGCCGCUAGUUGACCAGAAACACAGGAGUGGACACAUGGAAGCCGUGGUACUGACCUGCUCAUUGUGCCGACAGAACCUGCAAGAUGUGGGUACCUGGCUCCUCCCCUGCCAGCAUUUGCUCUGUAAGGACUGCUUCCAGGGCUUGAUCCAGGAGGUAGGGCGGGAUGCCAAGGCUCCUGGGACUGUCCCAGAUGAGUUCAUCUCCUGUCCUGGGUGUAAGCAAGUGUACCUUACCAAGGAUGUAACUGAACAUUUUCUUCUGCAGUGCUUUUCUACUGGGCAACACAAGAUGGCCAGGAACUGCUCUGAGUGCAAGGAGAAGAGGGCAGCACACAUCCUCUGUACCUACUGCAACCGCUGGCUGUGCAGCUCCUGCACAGAGGAGCAUCGGCAUGGUCCUGCCCCUGGGGGCCCGCUCUUUCCCCGGGCCCAGAAGGGAUCUCCAGGAGUGAAUGGUGGUUCUGGGGACUUCGCCUUGUACUGUCCUCUGCACACACAGGAAGUGCUCAAGCUGUUCUGCGAGACCUGUGACGUGCUCACAUGCCAUAGCUGCCUCAUGGUGGAACACAAAGAACACAGGUGCAGACAUCUUGAUGAAGUUUUGCAAAACCAGAGGAUGCUUCUGGAAGGUGUGACUACACAGGUGGCUCAUAAGAAAUCCAGUCUACAGACAUCUGCAAAGCAAAUUGAGGACAGGAUUUUUGAAGUGAAGCAUCAGCACAGGAAGGUGGAAAACCAGAUCAAAAUGGCCAAGAUGGUUCUGAUGAAUGAGCUGAACAAACAGGCCAAUGGGCUCAUAGAGGAGUUGGAGGGCAUUACUAAUGAGAGAAAGCGGAAGCUGGAGCAGCAGUUACAGAGCAUCAUGGUCCUCAACCGUCAGUUUGAGCAUGUGCAGAAUUUCAUCAAUUGGGCUGUCUGCAGCAAAACCAGCGUCCCUUUCCUUUUCAGCAAAGAGCUGAUUGUGUUUCAGAUGCAGCGAUUGCUGGAGACAAAUUGUAACACAGAUCCUGGCUCCCCUUGGAGUAUCAGAUUCACCUGGGAGCCUAACUUCUGGACCAAGCAGCUGGCUUCGCUUGGCUGUAUAACUACUGAAGGUGGACAACUGUCCCAGGCAGAUGCCCCUGCUUAUGGAGGCUUACAGGGACCAUCAUCCUUUUAUCAAAGCCAUCAGUCCCCAGUGGCUCAGCAAGAGAGUCGUAGCCACCCCUCUCAUAAGUUCCAGUCUCCAGCACUGUGUUCCUCAUCUGUGUGCUGCUCCCACUGCUCCCCAGUCUCGCCCUCCCUCAAAGGCCAGGUCCCUCCACCCAGCAUACACCCAGCCCACAGCUUUAGGCAGCCCUCUGAGAUGGUGCCCCAACAACUGGGAUCACUGCAGUGUUCCACCCUGAUGCCCAGAGAGAAAGAGCUGCCUUGCACUCCUCAUCCACCAAAGCUGCUGCAGCCCUGGCUGGAUACCCAGCCCCGCGGGGAGCAGGAGAGCACAUCCCAGCGGCUGGGGCAGCAGCUGGCUUCCCAGCCGGUGUGCAUCGUCCCUCCCCAGGAUGUUCAGCAAGGAGCCCAUGCCCAGCCCACCUUACAGACACCCUCUAUCCAAGUUCAGUUUGGCCACCACCAGAAGCUAAAGCUCAGCCACUUUCAGCAGCAGCCGCAGCAGCAGUUGCCACCUCCGCCACCUCUGCCACCUCCACCCCAGCAGCAGCCACCCCCACCUCUACCUCCAUCCCAACAUCUGGCUUCUAGUCAACGUGAGAGCCCUCCUGGGUCUACCUGUUCCCAGAACGUGGACAUAAUGCACCACAAGUUUGAGCUGGAGGAAAUGCAGAAGGACCUGGAGCUUCUCCUUCAGGCUCAACAGCCCAGCCUGCAACUGAGUCAGACCAAAUCGCCUCAGCAUCUUCAGCAAACAAUUGUGGGCCAGAUCAACUACAUUGUGAGGCAGCCAGCACCUGUCCAGUCCCAGAGUCAGGAGGACACUGUGCAGGCUACAGAUGAGCCGUCAGCAUCUGAAGGCCCAAAGCCAGCUCUCCCUCUUGACAAGAAUACUGCUGCUGCCUUGCCUCAGGCAUCUGGGGAAGAAACCCCUCACAGUGUCCCCCAACUGGACAGCACCAUCCAGCACUCCUCUCCAAAUGUGGUGAGAAAGCACUCCACUUCGGUGAGCAUCAUGGGCUUUUCCAACAGUCUGGAGAUGGAGCUGUCAUCUACCAGGCUGGCGAGGACCAUAGAGCCACAAAUCCAGAGUGUGAGCAGCCUGACAGCUGGUCCCCACCGGGCAGUACCAAGCCUCCUGCGUGGCCCCCCUACAACCAUGUCUGGCCUGACAAGCAGUCAAAAUCAGGCUAUGCCCAGCCUGACAGCCAGUCACCUGCAGACCAUGCCCAGUCUUGUGUGUGGCACACCCCAGUCCUCGACCAACCUGAUGAAUGAUUCCUCCCAGGCCAUCACAAGCCUGGCAAGUGAUCACUCUCAGGCUAGGCCCAUCCUGAUCUCUGGUCCCACACAACCUGUGCCGAGUCUGGCAACUUGUCCUCUGCAGAGCAUGCCUCUGGCUUCUGAUAUGCAGCCGGAAAGUAGAUCCAGCUACAGUCCUGGCUCUGGCCGAGCUGCAGGGAUCCUGUGCCCUGGGGAUGGGGCUGAUGCCUCGCUGGGGAAUUCCCUGUGUAAGAUGGAAAGUGAAGAUUCUGCCCGCUUCACUGACUCUCUGGGACAAGGCCCCAUAGUCCCUGGUCUGGAUGCUUCCAAGGACCUGGCUAUCCCCUCAGAACUGGAGGAGCCAAUUAACCUCUCUGUGAAGAAACCUCCAUUGGUCCCAGUGGUCAACACAUCCGCGGCUCUGCAACAGUACCAGAACCCAAAAGAGUGUGAGAAUUUUAAACCAGGCGCCCUAGAGCUGGACACAAAAGAGAACCAGAGUGUCAGACCCUUCAACAGUGAACCCAAGAUUCCUUAUGUGCGCCUGGAGCGGCUCAAGAUCUGUGCUGCCUCCUCAGGAGAGAUGCCUGUGUUCAAGUUGAAGCCACCGAAGAAUGAUCAGGAUGGGAGCUUACUGCUGAUCAUCGAGUGUGGUGCUGAGUCCUCCAGCAUGUCCAUUAAGGUCAGCCAGGACAACCUGCCUGAUGCCAUCCAGGCCCCAAGUCUGGGGGGAAGAAAGGUCACUGUCACUUCUCUGGCUGGGCAGCGGCCACCAGAGGUGGAGAGUGCAUGUCCUGAAGAACAAAGACUCAUUCCUCGAACCCCUGGAGCCAAGAAGGGGCCCCCAGUACCGAUAGAGAAUGAGGACUUCUGUGCUGUGUGCCUCAAUGGGGGAGAGUUGCUGUGCUGUGACCGCUGCCCCAAAGUGUACCACCUUUCCUGCCACUUGCCAGCCCUGCUCAGCUUCCCAGGGGGAGAUUGGGCGUGCACCUUGUGCCGCAGCCUGACCCAGCCCGAGAUAGAGUACGACUGCGAAAAUGCACGCUAUAACCAGCCUGGAGUGCGGGCCCCUCCAGGCCUGAGUGUACAUGACCAGAAGAAGUGCGAGAAGCUGGUACUGUCCUUGUGCUGCAAUAGCCUCAGCCUGCCCUUCCACGAACCUGUCAGCCCACUGGCCCGGCAUUACUACCAGAUUAUCAAGAGGCCUAUGGACCUGUCAAUCAUCCGGAGGAAGCUGCAAAAGAAGGACCCAGCUCACUACACCACCCCAGAAGAGGUGGUGUCAGACGUGCGCCUCAUGUUCUGGAACUGUGCUAAGUUCAAUUAUCCCGACUCGGAGGUUGCAGAGGCUGGCCGCUGCCUGGAAGUGUUCUUUGAGGGCUGGCUGAAGGAGAUCUACCCGGAGAAACAGUUUGCCCAGCCAAGGCAGGAGGACUCAGAUUCCGAGGAGAUGUCUAGCGAGAGUGGGUAUUCCACUCCCCAGGGCUUCCUGUGGCCCCCCUAUGUGCAGGAGGGCAUCCAACCCAAGAGGCGGCGGCGACACAUGGAGAAUGAAAAAGUAAAAAGAACAUCGUUCCGCAUGGCCAACAGCAUCUCCCAGGUGUGAGAGCUGGAAGGGACCGAGCACCCUGGCAGCCAGUGUCCCAUCCUGUGACCACUCCUCCCCACCUUUCAGCUCAUUCUCUUCAGACCGUGGGUGUGAGACGAGUCUUGUUGAGCUGUGUAGUGCUCUUCUUUGCCGUUUGCAUCUCACAGCAUUUAUUUGGGAGCCAUAGUGCGUCCACUUCAGAGAAGAUUUCAGUAAUAAAGAGCGAAGAGGGAAGUCUGCCCUAUUACUGGAAUAAUCAGAUGUGUAGGGGCCACUUGACAAGACCAAACCUAGUCAGGCUCAGGCGGACCUAACUUCCUCGGUGAAUUCUUUCUGCUGAGGAAAGCAGACUUUCUCACCUUCCGGUGUACAGGGCUCAGGAACAAUGUAUGUAUCUGAACUCCUCCAGGGCCCCGAAGGAGGUAAAAGGGAGAGAGGUUCUGACAUAUGGCAGGCCUGUGAUCCCUGGCCCAGCACAGCCAAAGACUGUCACUGUUUGCCUUUGCUUGGCCUGCCAGGACAGAGGCACCUGCCCUGGGCAAGGGUAAGGGAGGCUUCUAGAGGCCAUAGGUCUUGAUUGGUGCCUAUUUGGGUUCUAACGAGGAUUGGUGCCUAUUUGGGUUCUAACGGUUUUCAGGGUAUUUGUUUUCCAUGCCUCCUUUCCUGUGUUGACUUAGGUGGCUGCUGUGAAAGUGCUCUGGAUGGCAUGGCAUUCUUGACUGGGCUGGGUGGCAGUGCAGAGACCACUGACUCCGAUUUCACUUGCAGGCGUACGAAGAUGUCACCUUCAGAGCCUACCCUCUGUGCCACUUACUUUGGGCUGAUAGCUCUUCUUUGGUGUGAGAACCUGCCCUCCUAGAAGUGAUUGUUGGUAACCAUCCCUUCAUUAUCUCCAUUCAGAGAUCUGGAUCUUGAGUUCUUGGGAAAACUGUGAGGCAGCUGCUGCUGCUUCAGCGAGGCAGGGAGAAUGACCCACAACCAGCUCAGUCUGCUGGGCCUCUCCUCCUGCUUAGAGGCCCUAGUUCUCACCCUCUCUACGUUCACAGAGCCCAGGAUCAGAAGUGAGGCCUCUGGCUGGCCUGCCCCACGGCUGCCCACAGCCCAGAAAAGGUCAAGACUCUAUAGGUAGCCCUUUUUGUUGGAGGUUGGAGAAGGCCAGAGGGACUGACAGGAGUCAGACCUAAGCAUUUGUAGAGGAAGUUCUGUCUAGGGAGGAGAAAGGGAAACCUGAGAGGUGAGAAGCCAGUGUCCUUUGGUGACCUUGAAGGAACUUCAGGACUUUACUUUUCCCAGAAUGCAGAGAAAAGUGUUUUGGAAGCCAUGGGAACAGGAGCGGAGCUCCAGUCUGCAUCUCGGAUGGAUCUUCAUGGUCCAAGCAGGGUGUUUGGGAGGAAGCUGCAUAGGCAGAUGCUGAGAGUCAGGCCACCUCACCAGCAAAGGCUUGGUUGAGAAGGAACCUAUUGCUGAUAUGUGGGGGAACUGCAUUCCUGGCAUUUCAGUGGCCUGGAGACACGGCUCUCCCUGGUCCUGUCAUGGCUUGGCUAAUUUCAAGGGAGUCAGACCAUGGCUUUAUUUUUGCUGUGAGAUGCAAUUCAAGGAAUUCUUGUUUGUCAGGCCUUUGUUAAUGGGAACAUUUUGAUCAGAGAAAACAUGUCUUCUCUCCGUGUGAGUUGAUGGUACUGUUCAUUUCCUUCUCCACUGAGGCUGGGAGAUCAUCUUCCUUCAAAACAGACCGUGCCCACUGACUUGCCAUUCUUUCACCAGCACUUGCCAAGCUUUCCUAAGCAGGUGGGCAUCCAUAAUCCUGUUUUCUAGUUUGGGGUAACUAAGUCUUUGAUACUCUGGUAGCCACACAAUGUUUGAACUUAGCCCUCUGCUCUUUGGGGCUCAUAGGAUUUUCCGGUUUGGGCUCUGGCCACUUCCUUUUCAAUUUUCGAAUCUUUCUCUCUGGUUAGUUGGCUUGGCAAGGUUCUCUCUGUAAUUACCUCAUUAAUUCCUGCUCUUGGUCGUCUUUCCUUCGUGUGGCCCACAUUCCCACCUCACCUGAGUGAGCUUCAUGGUGCUUUUUGUUGGGCAGCCAGGUGAGGGUUGUGACAGGCUCAAACCUGUUUGAGAUUCUUCCCCAGGACCAGUUGGAGACAACGAAUAUGAAGCAGAAAGGCCUGGUUAAAUGCUUGGCUUCCCGCCUGUCAAUGAAGCUUCCAGCUUGGAUGUAGCCUACUGGGCCAGAGGACCUUAGGAAUGUGUUAGCGAGUCACAUAUUCCCUUCCCAUCACAGAGACUUGCAAGCUGAGAGGCUCCCCGUAGGCACUUGAGCAGGCAGGGGAGGGAGGGAGGGAGGGUUUCCUUUCCUCCAAAGGUGCGAGGCCCUGGCCCACUACACCAUCCCUGUGCUGGUUACCUCACAGCACUGCCCUCUCCCUGGCUUUUCCUGUAUACUUAUAACCAAUAUUUUGAGUCAUGGUUAUGUUUUGUUUUGCUUUGUUUUUGCAUGCAGAAAACAGAUCAUGACUAUUUAGAAAUUUUUUAAAAAGCUACUAAGCGAGUGGACUGACUUCAGCGGUUCUUUGCAAACAUCUGAGUGGAUCCUCCUUUUGACUUAGUCCUGUAAUGGCCACAUUUUGAAGUCAGUCAAGUCCUUUGGCCUUUGACAAAGUCUGGAAAUGGAAAUACAAUGAGUUCUGGAUUCUACGGUACAGAAGGCAAUCCUGAGGAGAAACUGGGCCUCCUGGGUGUGCUGAGAGACAGGACAGUGGAGUGGCUUCAAUUGAUGCAAAGGGGAUUUUAGUGUAAAAUUGGUGCAGCAUGAACUUGCAGAGCUCUCUUCCAUAACUUGGGUAGGUUGGCCCUACUGAAUUCUAGCAAUCGCCAAUUACACAUCUUCUGCUGGUACCCUCUCCCUAGUGGCAGCCACCAGACCCUCUAUAGGCACUGCUCUGUGCAGGCCCUGCCAUCAAUCCUGCUGGACUCUGGCUCCCUGUACCCAUUUCUGGUGGCAUGUUUUUGCCUUGCUCUUAGGACCUAGGCCCCUCCUUGUUUCUUCCUGGGCUCCACUCCCUCUCUCACUCCAUGGUAUCACCUAUAGUCUUCUCUUCUGAACUCCUGAACUGAGACCUUGCUCCUUCUGGAUCACUACCCCCUAUAUUUCCUCUUCUCUCACUCCCUCACUGCUAGUUAUUUAAAUUGCCUGCUCCUUUAGCCCUGUUCCAUGACCUCAGCUCUCUCUCUGUUUUCCCAGUCUUUCAGCCUUCUGCUGGGCUUCUUCCUCUCCCCGCCUGAACCCAUGGCCCAUCAUAUGCUGAAUUUUUUUUCAGCAUCCUGAACUUUCUCAUCCCUGUCAACUUUUGCUGAAACUAUUAACCAUUCUCCAUUUUUUUGCAUCAGCCUAUUUUCUGCUCCUUCUUACUGGGUUGCUAAGCAUGGCAAAUUCAUAUUUGACAGCCUCAGUUGGGCUCUCAGUAUUGACUGGUAUAUCUUUGACUUGUUAUUACUCUGUUUCCGUCCAUGCCCUUCAUCUUUGCUCUCAGCAAAUGACUGACGUCAUUGCCCACUUUACAGAAGAGAUGACGUAAAGCAAGAACUUCCCUGUGCACUUGCUCCUCUCCCUAUCCCAUCUGUCUAUGUCUAUAUCCCUCCUUAGCUCUUUUCCUCUGGCUUCUGUUUGGUGCUCUAUUUCUUGAUUCCUACUAUGUGUCCUCCAAGACUUUGCUCCAUCCUUAUCCCACUGCUCACACUUUCCGGGGUCUUCCACCUCCCUCUCCAUUGGUUUCCUCCAUGUAGUCUACAAGCAAGCAAAAUUCUCCCUGAGAUUAAAACAAAAUUUCUUAGAGUCUGUUGACCCUUAUACUUUUUCCUUGUCAGCCUAGUUCCUUUAAAAAAGACCCUUUUUCAUUGAUUCUUCUUAGUCACUCUUCAACUCUCUCUAUAUAGUUUUUCACAGGUCACCAGUGACCACCAAGUUGCCAAAUCAAAUGAAUACCUUUCAGUCCUCAACUGUCUUGAACUCUCUACAGCAUUUCACACCAUCCACUACUUCCUCUUUGAAAUAUCCUCCUUGCUUGGCUUUUAUGGCACCACAAGUCUCUGAAUUAUCCUCUUACCUUUCAGCCACGCAGACUGAGCCUUCCUGAAACCUUGACAGGGGGACAUCUUUAGCUUCCUGUGGUCUCUCCUCUUCAGGAGUUGGGUAGGUAGGACGAAGCGCAGCUGCCUCUGCUCACCUCCCUCAGUGUCUGCCCACUUUAUUUGAGCCCGUUUCUGUUCCUGGACUUAGUUAUCCUCAUGCCAAGCAUGUUUAUUAGCUCUGCUGGGAGGACAGCAUCUGUGAGGCCUUUCCUCUGACACUCCUAGCGCAGCGUGGAGACAGAGUUUAGCCAUGUUUGCUCAGAGGCCCCAUCUAAAUUAGCCCAAGAGCGUGGAUUGGGUCUUACCAAGAAGCAUUUUGGCAAACAGGAUUACCAGGCUGGUGGGCAGCUCAUCACAGUGAUCUCCAUACCAGUCAGAGCCAGCCACAGUUGAUGAGGAACUUGGGAUCAUGGCAAAACAUGUUUCCACGCAUGGUCCAGUCCUGCUAGUCAGGAGGAGAAUCCUGGCAGGGGCGGGGGUCCGCCACUGAUAACAUUCUGGUGAAGGGAGACGGGGAAGUGCUGUGAUUCAUCACUUCCUGGGGCUCUGCUGGGGUCAGCCUGGCCUGGUUUUAGCCUAGGCUUCCCCAGCCAUACUGAUCAUUACUGCCUGCUUGCUCCAGUUGUUCUAGAGCUGGAGGCAGAUGUUGGUUGUCUUCUUGGAGGUAGGGAGGUGUAGUGGAAAGAUACCUGAUUUGAGAGACUGAACACCUAAAUUUUGGCUCUGCCAAUUAUGAGCUGCCAAUUAUGACCUUGGGUAGCGUUUCCCCAUCUAUAAAGUGGGAGGGAGUGUUGAAAACAGUGAUCUCUCAGAGGCUCUCCAGCUUUAAAGAUGGUAAUGGUGAUUCGAACUGUAAAGCUCAGGCCACACAGGGAAUGACGGAAUACUGAGGGUAGGACACAGCUGGGGAGUCUUGGCCAAGGCAGAGCAAGUCAGGCCACACUGAGCGGCUUUGAGGAAAGUCUUCAGUAGCUGGUGCUGCUUCUUGAGCCAUAUGCCCAUUCCUCAAGCUGCACCCCUUCUUGGACAUCUAGGAUGAGCUCCUCCUAGGCCUUUUCUCGAAGUGGCACUUGGAUCUAAAGUGGUUGAGGGCAUGAAGGAGGAAUAUUUAAGGGGAAGAAUCACUUAUCUUAAAAGGACCUACACAUUCAAGAACAAAUUAAAAAAUAGCA